AUGUUGCAAGAAAAUUAAAGGGAAAACGAGAAAAAGCAGUAUUCAAUGUUCUAUCCAGAAGAUGAGAGAUCAAAGAGCCAUUUCUUAAAUUAACAAUACCUUACUAAUUUCUUUGAAUUUACUAAUCAUUACAAGGAACCUGAUUUGCAAAAUUAAGGAAAAUAGGAAGAAAAAAACUAACAUAAAAUUCCCAUUAUUAUUUAAUAUGAGCAAGAACCUAGAUAUGUUAACCAGAAAUAGUAAUUUAAUUUAUUAACUUCUAGAUAUAGACGAAUCAUGAUCAGGAGAAUCAAAAGAGCAUAAUAAGCAUUAAAGCUAGAGGAAUUGAGGACAAAGCAGGCAACAAAGGUUUUAGAUAAAUCCAACUAAAAGUAUAUAUACGAAUCAAGGCAUUAACAUGCAUUAAAACGAGAAAGAGGGCCAGAUGGAAAAUUUUUAAAAAAACAGAACUCUGUUGAUUCUCCAUCCAAACUUUGA